AUGGAGAAGGAGGCUGAUUUAUUCUACCGACAGCUGCCAAAGGUGGUAAGUAGCCGUCUACAAUAUAUAGGAUUAUUUAUUUUUUACCUGAAGACAAUUAAGUUGUUUUUUAGAAGUGUAAACGUUAGUGUUAGCUAGCUGACGUUAGCCUGUUGGAGAAGCUGAGUUUGACAGCCAUUAAGGCUUAUUAAAGGGGAAUUUCACCCUGGGGGAAUCUGGGCUUGUUUUCAUAAUGUCCGAGGCAUUUCUAGGACAGUGAAAUAUGUUUCACACAUAAUUGCCCAGGAGGAAGGCAGGUAUGGGCUUUGCGGGCUGAAUGAUACACCAUAAGACAGCUUCUGGUGUAUUGAUGGGGAGGGGGCGAGAUCUAAAAAUAAAUGUAGUCCUGCUUUGUGGCAUUUCGAGAAGGCUAUGUUAUACUGAUCGCAGUACAUUUUUGUGCGUGUAGAUAUGGUUGUCUUUGUUUGAUAGAGCCAUUGGAUGUCAUUCAGCCUCCUAUCGGUGGAUUCAUUGCUAAAUAUACAAACACAUUUUUUCCAGUCUCUAAAAGACUACAACUUGUGUUGGGCGGUGCUUCGUCAAAUAUUUAUAACUAACCCAAGAUAGACCAGAGCCUGUCUUAUCCAACGGUAGCAAAUGAAUCAUAGUGGGCAGAGCCAAACACGAGCUGGUGAGAUCCUAUUGGUGCGUUCUAUCAUUUAUUUGCACAUUGUUCUAUCUGAAGUUCACACAGGACACCAGAUAAGACAGGAGAUUUUCACCAGAUAGGACAGACUGACCCUAGCUCCCCGGCACAUAGAUACUGGAGGCUGUGACGGGGGGUCGGGGGACACUGUGGCCCUGUCCGACGACACCACCGGACAGGGCCAACCAGACAGGGUAUAACCCCACCCACUUUGCCAAAGCACAGCCCUCACACCACUAUAGGGAUAUCAACAGACAACCAACUUACUACCCUGAGACAAGGCUGAGUAAAGCCCUCGUAGAUCUCCUCCACCGCACGAGCCCGAAGGGGGCGCAAAACUGGACAGGAAGAUCAUGUCAGUGACUCAAAACACUCAAGUCGAGGAUAGCGAAAAAAGCCUGGCAUGAUGUUACGGACCACUCCUAGGGACUGCAUGGGAGAGCGCUAGUAAGCCAGUGACUCAGCCCCCGUAAUAGAGUCGGAGGCAGAGAAUCCCAGUGGAGAGAGGGGAGCCAGCCAUGCAGAGACAGCAAGGGCGGUUCGUCACUCCACCUUCGCACCCCUGGGACCUACUGAAGAGUUUCAGUCUUCAGUUAAGGCUUAAAGGUCGAGACCAAGUCUGCGUCUCUCACAUGGUAGGUAAGGCUGAACGAUUUUGGAAAAUAAUCUAAUUGCGAUUUUUUUGCCCCCAAUAUUGCGAUUGCGAUUUAAUAUGCGAUUUAAUUUAUUUUUCCUUUUUCCCCUACAAAACAUAAUGAAUGAUUUAAAUAUGACCAACACAAUAGUAUAUACAUUUAGUGUGAAAUGUUCUUUCCCAUAGGCUGGGUCUAUUUGUUAGAAUUAAAUUCAAACAUGUAUGACUUGAAAUAAAUGACAUUUUUAUUGAACUGCUCAUUACAGAAACAUCUGUGGCUUUGCCACUGUGCAUUUAAAUAAUUUAAACAAAGGCAUGAACUUUGUAAACACUGUGUGCAAAAGGUACAGUCUUAAGAAAAAAAUAAUUUUAAAUUGUAUGUAUCUUACUGCUCCCAAGUCAGUAACAUUUCACACAAUUGAAACAAGGAAUUUGCUUUGAAAAUAUUUUGUAAAAUCAAAGUAAAUAAAGUUAUAAAUAAAAAAUGAGAAAUGCACUUUUAAUUUAGACAAACUAUUUUUUAUAAACGAUUUGAAUAUUAUAAUAUAAAAUAGAUGAGCCUCACUUAUCUCAAGUACACAACAAUAACACACCACACAGACUAAAGUUCACUACGAGUAUGGCACUGCCAGCCAUACUUAUCCAACAGUUCUGUUCUCAGUGGCUCACAGGUUUUUUGCUAAGAAAACCAGAAUAUUGACUUUUUCUGGCUUCAAGGCUGAGCGAGUGCAAGUCACAAUAUUCCCUCCUGUGCUAAAAAGACGCUCUGAGGGAGCGCUUGUAGCAGGUACACAAAGAUACUUGCGUGCCAUGGUGCACAACUGUGGGUAGCUGAUCUUGUGCACCCUCCACCAAGCCAAUGGAUCAUCUUCUCCAUCAAUGGUAGGAGUCAUCAGGUAAUUGUUUAUCUCUGCCUCUGCGACAUCUUCAAGAUUUACAGGCAAAGAAGGAGAGGCUGAACUGGUCUUGAAAAAACUGCCAAGAGACCUCUUCGUCUUUUCCCCCAAGGACUGUGCACUUUGAGGCAUCUGAACAGUUUCAGUACGAGACCUCUUCUCCUAUUAGAUGAAAACAACAGCCAUUAGUUUUCCAGUUAGAUUUUACAGAAAAUUUUUGUUUUUGUGAAAUACAUAAUUAUUUACCCAAUGAUAUGUACGUUGUGCCAAGUCUACUAUCUCUGUCUUCAGACGAGUCUUGAUAGCAGGGAUGUUGUCUGUACUGAUGUACUGUAUUUUGAACCUAGGGUCCAGGAAACAGGCAACAUCCAAAAGCUCCUGGAUGUUUGGGUCUCCAUAUUUGUUAUUGAGGUAUGCUAGGACUUUGGUUUUUAUUGAUUUAGUCAGGUCAGUGUCCUCAGCAUCUUCAGCCAGGACUGAUGUGGCAAAAAGGUGGAGAACUGGCUUGAGGUAGGAGAUGCUUACAUACUCCUCUCCAGAAAGAGCAUCAGUAAACUCCAGUAGAGGAUGCAGUGCCUUGUGAAUCGACUCCAACACGUCAAUAUCCUGCCAGGUUGGGAUAAGGGAGCGUGCAUAUCGAUCUCCAGACAAUACCUGAGAAAUGGCUUUGGCCUGUUCAAGCACUCUGGCAAUCAUCAUUUCUUUAGAACCCCAUCUUGUUGGGCACUCCGUUAUGAGGUUGUGCUCAGGGAGUUUGAGCUCUCUCUGUGCCUCCGUCAGGGCUGCUUUCUUCUUCCAACUGUGGGAAAAGUGCCCCACCAGCUUCCUGCACAGUGCUGUUGCCCUUGACACUCUGUCAUCUUUGAGUGCAUUUUCUAAAAGAAAUAAAAAGUAGUGUAUUACACACAAUUUGAGUUUUGAUACAAGGCUCUCACUAUUACACACUCAAAUUAGCUGUAAUUCUGAAAUACACACAUCCACAACACAUCUCUCUCUCUCUCUCAAUUCAAAGGGUCUUUAUUUGCAUGUCAAUUCUCUCUCUCUUUCUCUCUCUCUCUCUCUCAUAAACACUAAAAAAACAUGUAAAAAACAAAAACAAGAAAAGAAAAAAAAUGCAGGUGGGCAUUCCACCACAGACAGACAUAUGAUAUAAGCAAGUAAAAUGAAUUUACAUAUUAGAAAAGGAGUGGAAGUAUGAAUUUAUUUAAUCCCAUCCGAUUUAUAUAAUAUCAUUUAUAUAUAUUUGUAUAUUCAGCUUUACUAAUCGACGCAUCUCUCUCUCUCGCACUCGCGCACACACACACACACACACACACACAAACACACACACACACACACACACACACACACACACACACACACACACGAUAACUUACCAAUGGCAAGAUGUAAUCUGUGGCCAAAACAUUGGAGCCUCGUCCAUUCAUUAAGCCGCGCAGCAAGCACCAUAUUCGACGCGUUGUCCGUCGUGAUGCAGACGUGAUUCUCCUCGUGGAGAUCCCAGCUGACAAGCCCUUCUCUCAGGCCGGCUGCAAUAUUUUCCCCUGUGUGAUCGUCUGGGAAGUAGGUAGUUUGUAGGCAGCGAGCUCGGAGGUUGAAAUCUUCAUCAAUAAAAUGGACUGUAAGACUCUGGUACGGCUCAGCUGUGCGGCUUGACCACAUAUCAGUAGUGCUAGCAAAAAACUCCACCGUUUUAAGUUCCGCGGCGACUUUCUCUUUGCACUUUUUGUACAGCUCCGGUAUGGCAGUCUGACUGAAGUAUGUGCGGGAGGGUAUACUGUAACGUUUAUCAAGCGUAUGUAUUAAUGCCAUGAACCCAGGCUUGGUCACCGUGCUGAGAGGCAUCAUAUCUUUGGCUAUGAACUCGGUUAUUGUCCGAGUGAUUUCUCCGUGCCGUUUUGAAUUACGUUCAUACGGAGUGACACUUUCGAACAUUUCUGUCAGUGAUCCCUGUCUUGAGGUAUUUGGCUUGUCUCGCGCACUGAUGCUCGGCAUUUUGGUCAUACAACUGUCAUGCAUUGAUUUGUGGUAUUUUUUUAAGUGCUGAAACAGGUUUGUAGUGUUACCCCGUGAAGUAGCAAUCGGAGCACGGCAUGCUCUGCACAACACCUGACGCUGCUCAGCAUCUUCUUUUUUAAAACCAAAAUAGUUCCACACCACCGACGUGCUGUUCCUCUUCGAUAUUAAAGUAUCAGCUGUGUCAGUUUCUGACUGUUCCGUCGAGCAAGAGGCCAUUGCGCUGGACAGCAUGAAAAGUCGCGUCACGUGACCACCUCAAAUCGCGCACGUUGCGAUUAGAAAAUCGCGUUCAGUCAAAUCGCGAUAUUAUCGCGAAUGCAAUUAAUCGUUCAGCCCUAAUGGUAGGCAGACCAUUCCAUAGAAAUUGAGCUCUAUAGGAGAAAGCCCUGCCUCCAGCUGUUUGCUUAGAAACUCUAGAGACGAUAAGAAGGCCUGCGUCUUGUGACCAUAGCGUACGUGUAGGUAUGUAUGGCAGGACCAAAUCGGAGAGGUAGGUAGGAGCAAGUCCAUGUAAUGCUUUGUAGGUUAGAGGGUAAAACCUUGAAAUCAGCCCUAGCCUUAACAGGAAGCCAGUGUAGAGAGGCUAGCACUGGAGUAAUAUGAUAGAAUUAGUUGGUUCUAGUCAAGAUUCUAGCAGCCGUAUUUAGCACUAACUGCAGUAAUCUAAUCUACAAGUGACGAAAGCAUGGAUGAGCUUUUCUGCAUCAAUUUUGGACAAAAAGUUUCUGAUUUUUGCAAUGUUACGAGGAUGGAAAAAAGCUGCCCUUGAAAAAUUAUUGAUAUGUUCGUCUAAAGAGAGAUCAGGGUCCAGAGUAACGCCAAGGUCCUUCAGUUUUAUUUGAGACGACUGUACAACCAUCAAGAUUAAUUGUCAGAUCAAACAGCAGAUCUUUGUUUCUCGGGACCUAGAACUAGCAUCUUUGUUUUGUCUGAGUUUAAAAGUACAACAUUUGCCGCCAUCCACUUCCUUAUGUCAUAAACACAGGCUUCCAGGGUAGGCAAUUUUGGAGCUUCACCAUGUUUCAUGUGUCAAGAGAUACAGGAUAAAAAAACUUGAGUGUCUCCAUUGAUCCUAGGUCCUGGCAAUUCUGUGCAGACUGAGUUUUGGAGAAAUACGCUGAUUCAAAGAGGUGUCCGUAAUUUGCUUUCUAAUGAUCAUGAUCUUUUCGUUGAAUAAGUUCAUGAAUUCAUCACCGCUGAAGUGAAGGCCAUCCUCACUUGGGAAUGCUGCUUUUUAGUUAGCUUUGCGACCGUAUCAAAAAUACAUUUUGGAUUAUUUUUAUUCUCCUCAAUUAGGUUGGAAAAGUAGGCUGAUCGAGCAGCAGUGAGGGCUUUUUGAUAUUGCACAGUACGGUCUUUCCAAGCUAGUCGGAAGACUUUCAGUUUGGUUGAGCGCCAUUAUCGUUCAAAUUUUCUGGAAGCUUGCUUCAGGGCUCUGGUAUUUACUGUAUACCAGGGAGCUAAUUUCUUGUGACAAAUGUAUUUUGUUUUUAGAGGUGCGACUGCAUCUAGGGUAUUGUGCAAGGUUACAUUUAGAUCCUUGGUUAGGUGGUUAACUGAUUUUUGUACUCCGACAUCCUUGGGUAGGUGGAGGGAGUCUGGAAGGGCAUCUAGGAAUCUUUGGGUUGUCCGAGAAUUUAUAGCGUGGCUUUUGAUAAUCCUUGGUUGGGGUCUGAGCAGAUUAUUUAUUCAGAUUGCAAACGUAAUAGGAUGGUGGUCCGAUAGUCCAGGAUUAUGAGGAAAAACAUUUAGAUUCACAAUAUUUAUUCCACGGGAGAACUAGAUCCAGGGUAUGACUGUGGCAAUGUGUAGGUCCGGAGAUAUGUUGGACAAAACCCACUGAGUCGAUGGAUCCAAAAGCCUUUUGGAGUGGGUCUGUGGACUUUUCCAUGUGAGUAUUGAAGUCACCAAAAAUGUGAAUAUUAUCUGCCAUGACUAAGAGGUCCUAUAGGAAUUGAGGGAACUCCAUGAGGAACGCUGUAUACGGCCCUGGAGGCCUGUAAACAGCUAUAAAAAGUAAUUGUUAUAGUACUGUUUGGCCAUUUUGAGACAUCGUAGCUUCAAAAUAGUCAGAAUUAAUCUACGAAAACUCAGGGAAUCUGUCAUUAAUUUAGACGUUUUUGCCGAGGAGAUCUUAGUCGUGCAAGUUUUCAUCUAAGAUGUUUGGUGCAGUAUUUGUCAAAUCAGUUUUUCUGCAUGAAAACGAUGUGUGUCUCGUUGACUGACAACAAACACUUAAUUUAAAGAAUGUCUACUCUUGACCAAACACAGAGGAAGGGGUGUAGACUUCGGCUUGCCUCAAUAUAUAUUUUUUUGUGCACGAACAACCGGAAAGAAAACCUUGCCAAACACCAAAACAAACUAAAAUGUCACAAAAUGUCGUCAUAAUAUAUGCACAAACUGUUCCGAACUGUUUCGGCUGGGAAGCAUGCGGACGCCUUUACCGCUAGAACACACCCAUGGAUUUUCAGUGGUUCCGUGUUUUUUCCCCCGGAGUGGGUACGGAUAUGGAGUUUCUGUAUCCCAAUUUUCCCAGGCAAACAAUAUGGAUGUUUCUGCGCAUUUUUUAAAUCUAUCCGAGUACCCACUCCACUGCCUACAUAGCUGCUGUGCUGAGUGCUCCGCUGCUGCUCCCUCUUCCUUGAUCGCCUUUGUCCGGUCACUGGUGUAGCCUACAAACUUUUUUUUUAAACUGGUCCGGAUACAUGCUCGGCUGCCUAGAACGUUCGGCUGCCCAGAGGUGGAACGUAGCGAGACGGACAUGCAGUCUAAUUAGCGAUUGAGUGUUCUUUUUUCAUCAUCAUUGCAAACAUUGGCUAAGCUACGCAGGAGGCACACAGACCGUAGCGUUAUAUUUUCAUGGCAGCAACUAUGCUGAACAAAAAUAUAAACACAACAAGUGUUGGUCCCAUGUUUCAUGAGCUGAAAUAAAAGAUCACCAAAAUGUUCCAUAUACACAUAGCUUAUUUCUCUAAAAUGUUACAUCCCUGUUAGUGAGCAUUUCUCCUUUGCCAAGAUAAUCCAUCCACCUGACUGGUGUGGCAUAUCAAGAAGCUGAUUAAACAGCAUGAUCGUUACACAGGUGCACCUUGUGCUGGAGACUAUAAAAGGCCACUCUAAAAUGUGCACUUCUGUCACAACUCAAUGCCACAGAUGUCUCAAUUUUGAGGGAGCGUGCAGUUGGCAUGCUGACUGCAGGAAUGUCCACCAAAGCUGUUGCCAGGGAAUUGAAUGUUAAUUUCUCAGCCAUAAGCUGCCUCCAAAGUCGUUUUAGAGAAUUUGGCAGUACGUCCAACCGGUCUCACAACCGCAGACCACGUGUAUGGCAUUGUUUGGGUGAGUGGUUUGCUGAUGUCAGCGUUGUGAACAGACUGCCCCAUGGUGGCGGUGGGGUUAUGGUAUGGGCAGGUAUAAGCUACGUACAACAAACACAAUUGCAUUUUAAUCGAUGGCAAUUUGAAUGCACAAAGAUACGGUGAUACCCAUUGUUGUGCCAUUCAUCCGCCGCCAUCACCUCAUUUCAGCAUGAUAAUGCACCGCCCCAUGUCACAAGGAUCGGUACACAAUUCCAGGAAGCUGAAAAUGUCCCAGUUCUUCCAUGGCCUGCAUACUCACCAAGACAUGUCACCCAUUGAGCAUGUUUGGGAUGCUCUGGAUCGACGUGUACGACAGCAUGUUCCAGUUCCCGCCAAUAUCCAGCAACUUCGCACAGCCAUUGAAGAGGAGUGGGACAACAUUCCACAAGCCACAAUCAACAGCCUGAUCAACUCUAUGCGAAGGAGAUGUGUUGCGCUGCAAGAGGCAAAUGGUGGUCACACCAGAUACUGACUGGUUGUCUGAUCCACACCCCUAUCUUUUUUUUAAAGGUAUCUGUGACCAACGGAUGCAUAUCUGUAUUCCCAGUCAUGUGAAAUCCAUAGAUUAGGGCCUAAUGAUUUUAUUUCAAUUGACUAAUUUCCUUAUAUGAACUGUAACUCAGUAAAAUCUAAGAAAUUAUUGCAUGUUGCGGUUAUAUUUUUGUUCAGUGCAUUUGGAAAGUAUUCAGACCCCUUGACUUUUUCCACAUUUUGUUACGUUACAGCCAUAUUAUAAAAUUGAUUAAAUAAUGUUUUUCCUCAUCAAGCUACACACAAUACCCCAUAUGGAAAAGCGACAACAGGUUUUUUAGAAAUUUUUGCAAAUGUAUUAAAAAUAAAAACAGAUACCUUUAUUUACAUAAGUAUUCAGACCCUUUGCUAUGAAACUCGAAAUUGAGCUCAGGUGCAUCCUCCGAGACAGGAUUGUGUCGAGGCACAGAUCUGGGGAAGGGUACCAAAACAUUUCUGCAGCAUUGAAGGUCCCCAAGAACACAGUGACCUCUAUCAUUCUUAAAUGGAAGAAGUUUGGAACCACUGAGACUCUUCCUAGAGCUGGCCACCCGGCACAACUGAGCAAUCGGGGGAGAAGGGCCUUGGUCAGGGAGGUGACCAAGAAACAGAUGGUCGCUCUGACAGAGCUCCAGAAUUCCUCUGUGGAGAUGGGAGAACCUUCCAGAAGGACAACCAUCUCUGCAGCACUCACCAAUCAGGACUUUAUGGUAGAGUGGACAGACGGAAGUCGUCACUCAGUAAAAGGCACAUGACAGCCCGCUUGGAGUUUGCCAAAAGGCACCUAAAGAUUCUCAGACCAUGAGAAACAAUAUUCUCUUGACAGAUGAAACCAAGAUUGAACUCUUUGGCCUGAAUGCCAAGCGUCACGUCUGGAGGACACCUGGCACCAUCCCUACGGUGAAGCAUGGUGGUGGCAGCAUCUUGCUGUGGGGAUGUUUUUCAGCGGCAGGGACUGGGAGACUAGUAGUUAGGAUUGAGGCAAAGAUGAACGGAGCAAAGUACAGAGAGAUCCUUGAUGAAAACCUGCUCCAGAGCACUCAGGACUUCAGACUAGGGUGAAGGUUCACCUUCCAACAGGACAACAACCCUAAGCACACAGCCAAGACAACAGAGGAGUGGCUUCGGGAAAAGUCUCUGAAUGUCCUUGAGUGGCCCAGCCAGAGCCCGAACUUGGACCUGAUAAAACAUCUCUGGAGAGACCUGAAAAUACCUGUGCAGCGACGAUCCCCAUUCAACCUGACAGAGCUUGAGAGGAUCUGCAGAGAAGAAUGGGAGAAACUCCCCAAAUACAUGUGUGCCAAGCUUGUAGCGUUAUACCCAAGAAGACUCGAGGCUGUAAUCGCUGCCAAAGGUGCUUCAACAAAGUACUGAGUAAAGGGUCUGAAUACUUAUGUAAAUAUGAUAUUUCAGUUUUUCUAAAAACCUGUUUUUGCUUUGUCAUUAUGGGGUAAUGUGUGUAGAUUGAUGAGGGGAAAAACCAAAUGUAAUCAAUUUUAAAGUAAGGCUGUAACGUAACAAAAUGUGGAAAAAGUCAAGGUCUGAAUACCUUCCGAAUGCACUGUAUAAAGCCUACAUCACACAAAAUGUGUCCAAAGUGUAGGGACUGCGUCCUGCUUGUGCAACUGCAAUGUCCGUUACAACAGACAGACUGAGAAGGUUGUAGCCUUCAUAACAUAUAGUGGUGUGAAAAAGUGUUUGCCCCCUUCCUGAUUUCUUAUUUGUUUGCAUGUUUGUCACACUUAAAUGUUUCAGAUCAUCAAACAAAUUUAAAUAUUAGUCAAAGAUAACACAAGUAAACACAAUGCAGUUUUGAAAUGAAGGUUGUUAUUAUUAAGGGAAAACAAAAUCCAAAUGGCCCUGUGUGAAAAAGUGAUUGCCCCCUACAACCUAAUAACUGGUUGGGCCACCCUUAGCAGCAACAACUGCAAUCAAGCGUUUGCGAUAACUUGCAAUGAGUCUUCUACAGCGCUGUGGAGGAAUUUAUGCAGAAUUGUUGUAAUUCAGCCACAUUGGAGGGUUUUCGAGCAUGAACUGCCUUUUUAAGGUCAUGCCACAGCAUCUCAAUAGGAUUCAUGCCAGGACUUUGACUAGGCCACUCCAAAGUCUUCAUUUUGUUUUUCUUCAGCCAUUCAGAGGUGGACUUGCUGGUGUGUUUUGGAUCAUUGUCCUGCUGCAGAACCCAAGUUCGCUUCAGCUUGAGGUCACGAACAGAUGACCGGACAUUCUCCUUCAGGAUUUUUCGGUAGACAGCAGAAUUCAUGGUUCCAUUUAUCACAGCAAGUCUUCCAGGUCCUGAAGCAGCAAAACAGGCCCAGACCAUCACACUACCACCACCAUAUUUUACUGUUGGUAUGUUCUUUUUUCUGAAAUGUGGUGUUACUUUUACGCCAGAUGUAAUGGGACACACACCUUCCAAAAAGUUCAACUUUUGUCUCGUCAGUCCACAGAGUAUUUUCCCAAAGGUCUUGGGGAUCAUCAAGAUGUUUUCUGGCAAAAAUGAGACGAGUUCUUUUUGCUCAGCAGUGGUUUUCGUCUUGGAACUCUGCCAUGCAGGCCAUUUUUGCCCAGUCUUUCUUACGGUGGAGUCAUGAACACUGACCUUCACUGAGGCAAGUGAGGCCUGCAGCUCUUUGGAUGAUGUUGUGGGGUCUUUUGUGACCUCUUGGAUGAGUCGUCGCUGCGCUCUUGGGGUAAUUUUGGUCGGCCGGCCACUCCUGGGAAGGGUCACCACUGUUCCAUGUUUUCGCCAUUUGUGGAUAAUAGCUCUCACUGUGGUUCGCUGGAGUUCCAAAGCUUUAGAAAUGGCUUUCUAACCUUUUCCAGACUGAUGGAUCUCAAUUACUUUCUUUCUCAUUUGUUCCUGAAUUUCUUUGGAUCUCGGCAUGAUGUCUAGCUUUUGAGGAUCUUUUGGUCUACUUCACUUUGUCAGGCAGGUCCUAUUUAAGUGAUUCCUUGAUUGAGAACAGGUGUGGCAGUAAUCAGGCCUGGGUGUGGCUAGAGGAAUUGAACUCAGGUGUGAUAAACCGCAGUUGAGUUGUGUUAUAACAGGGGGGGCAAACACCUUUUCACACAGGGCCAUGUAGGUUUGGAUUUUGUUUUCCCUUAAUAAUAACAACCUUCAUUUCAAAACUGCAUUUUGUGUUUACUUGUGUUAUCUUUGACAAAUAUUUAAAUGUGUUUUGAUGAUCUGAAACAUUUAAGUGUGACAAACACGCAAACAAAUAACAAAUCAGGAAGGGGGCAAACACUUUUUCACACCAUUGUAUAUUUAUUUUUUUGGAACGUUCAUUCAAAUCAUCACAGGGUUUAUUUUAGCUGUUACGAAAUAUGAGGCAGAGACAUAGGCUACAUCACCAUGGUUCAGAAGAGGGUGAGUAAAGAGCGAAACUUGAAGGGAGGGGGAAUGUGAGCAGCAGCUACAUUAGAAAAACGAAUGUGUGCGUAAAUUAACAGGGGACAGGCCGUCUGGAUACUGGACAGCCAAUAAAUUGGCAGAUGCAAACAGAUUAUCAUCUUUUAGCGCACAAUAGUUCUUACAUUUACAUACAUUUUUUUUCUUCCAUACUGGCCACCCGUGGGAAUCGAACCCACAACCCUGGCUUUGCAAGCUCCAUGCUCUACCAACUGAGCUACACGGGGCCACAAAAAAAAAAAAAAAAAAAAAAAAACGGUUUGCGAUUUCGUUUGUCGUGGAAAUUCAACACCAGGGAGACCUGAAGUCAAUAUUAAAUCAAUCAUUCUUUAUUAUCAGCAAGCUGGAGAGGUUCCAACAAACUUAAUGCACCAUAGUACAGGUUGGUCGGGAGCUCCGCCGGGGCAGUCCCGUUAGUUCUCUUAUAUACUGCUUACACAGACAAGUUAUAUUUGCAUGAUUUAGCUUAUUCAUUAUUCAUCAUUAAUUCAUCAUUAACGUUUGGUUCAUGCAUGUGAUCGACCAAUACCUCACGAGGCUUCUUCUCUCCAAGCUGAGACCUUGAAACAGAGAGACCCCUUUCGGUUCUCAAAGCAAUGUUCUGGGCGUACUGCCAAAUUGCUUAUACUGAUAGUGAGGAUUCCUCCCAGGCACGAUCAAUCAGUCACUUGCAUGAACUCCGUCAAAUUGGUUAUUAGAAAAGCACAAACAUAAAAUGUUCCUUCACAUGUUCAUACCGUCGUGUGGUUGCAAUAUCAACACUCCCUUAUCUCUGGCAUAUCUUGGGAUGCAUCAUUCAAGACGAAGUUUAAAUUGUGUUCAGCGCAAUGGACAUAUCAUGCACAAUGUCUCAGGCAAGACUGUCUGGGUUGUCAAUACUUAGUAUAGAAAAUGGUCGGGCCUGCAACCUAGACCUACAAGACCUGCAACCUAGGCCUACAAGGCCUGCAACCUAGGCCUACAAGGCCUGCAACCUAGGCCUACAAGGCCUGCAACCUAGGCCUACAAGGCCUGCAACCUAGGCCUACAAGGCCUGCCUACAAGGCCUGCAACCUAGGCCUACAAGACCUGCAACCUAGGCCUACAAGGCCUGCAACCUAGGCCUACAAGGCCUGCAACCUAGGCCUACAAGCCGUGGUGAAAACAUUUGCACAGCUACUAUAUUACUGUAGCUACUAUAGCCCUCUACGUAGUAAAAAAGAGAGUCAAGACACUUUCUUUAUUAAGAGAGAAAAUGAGAUGCUGCAAGGAAUACUUGAGGAGAAUUGUUAGGCUAUUUUGAUGUGUAAUUUGUAUAAAAAGUUUAUAAAUAGCAGCUUAAUACUGUAUAUAGCUAUAGAUGGUAGGAUACACUGCAUAAUGAAACGAUCCCUAGUAAGGUGUAGUGUUUUGAGGGUGGACUAUUAUUUGGCUUUUAUUUUGACUUUUACUUGGCAUUAAUAGACUGGUUUUACGCACAACAACUUUCUAUCCAAGGAGAUAGCCCGACGGCCCAUGCCAUGCAUGUUCAGGUAGGCUAUACAGAACAGUUGUGUAUAUAAAAUAAAUACAUUGGUAGCUGAUUAGUAUGAUGUUGCAUUGGAAAUUAAGUUUACAAUCUUUAUUGUUUGAAUUUCCAGUGCAAAUAGUCCGGGUAGCCAUGAUUAGCUGUUCAGGAGUCUUAUGGCUUGGCUUAUGGCUUCGCUAGUCAGACGUUCAGACGUUCAACAAGGUAUUAGUAAGGCGUUCUGUCGCCCCUCCUGCGGUUCACUCUUCAUAUAUUUCAGUCUAACAGGUUGGUACUCUGUAACUCCUUGUGUCAUCCUCUCUUCUCUACCCAGGAGCUUCAUGCCCAUCUCAAUGGCUCUGUCAGCUUCUCAACCAUCGAGAAACUCAUGGCUCGAAAGCCACAUCUCAACAUCGAACACGGCAUGACUGCUAUUCGCAGUGGUCAGCGGAGGACUCUGGAUGAGUAUGUAUGACAGAAUUGAUUGAUUGUUUCUUUUUCUGAGUCCAUAGUGCAUUGGUUGUUAUCAUGUACGGCACGUGUCAAACUCAUUCCACGGAGGGCAGAGUGUCUGCGGGUUUUCACUCCUCCCUUGUACUUGAUUGAUGAAUUAAGGUCACUGAUUAGUAAGGAACUCCCCUCACCUGGUUGUCUAGGUCUUAAUUGAAAGGAAAAAACCAGCAGACACUAGGCCCACCAUGGAAUGAGUUUGACACCCCUGAUGUAUGUGCUCAUGUGAUCUCUCGGUCCCAUCCCCCAAGUCAGUGAGUCAGCACAUGAAGGACUAGUGGAUGGAUAGUUCAUUUAUUGCCAAGCUGCAAUGAUGGGACACAGUAUAGAUGAAUCUUCAGUCGUCAAAGGGAUAUUAACAGCACUCUUAAAGAAUAUAUAUUUUCAAGUUAUAAAGAGGAAGCUUAGCUAGCAUAAAACCCACAUGGAAAUUAGAUUAAUAGAUUCUGUAAUUAAAUUUUAUUUUUAUUUUUUAUUAGUAUAUUAUGAAUUGAAAUGGUGGAGGUAUGUCACAUAUGCAGCUAUCGAAAUGUCUUCUCAAGUUCCAACCAACUGAUUGCAGCAUUACCGCAAAAAUGGAGGGGGCAAGUGGAAGAGGGAGAAGGUAGGGAACUUGUCUGCCAUAUAUUAAAGAUACAAAUUGGCAGAAAAUAAAAAUAUAUACAUUUCAUUUGAGGACAGAAAUGUUGAUAGCAGUGCCAUACAGGUUGCAAAAUAAAUGGGAAGAGAUUUUCGAUGUACCAAUUCAAUGGCACAUGGUAUAUGAACUGAUACAAAAAACACUUGAUUUAACACUGAGUUUUUCAAUUUUAAUUAUUAUACAAAAUUCUUGCCACUAACAGAAUGCUAUAUAAAUGGGGCAUACAACAAUCUCAGCUCUGUAGAUUUUGCUGCGAAGAGACAGAAUAACUAGAUAAUGUAUUCUGAUAUAUAUUCCAUUCCUUUACUUUAGAUUUGUGUGUUGUUGUGAAAUUGUUAGAUAUUACUGCACUGUUGGAGCUAGAAACACAAGCAUUUCGCUACACCCGCAAUAACAUCUGCUAAACAUGUGUAUGUGACCAAUAAAAUUUGAUUUGAUAACCCUCCCUACCAGUAUGUGUUUUGGUCUGGACUUGAGUGGGUUCACUGUGCUGCCUAAUGAUAUGACUGCAGAUGCAGGUAACUUGCCCUAAACAAGAUGUUCACUCUGUGGCUGUAAUGUAACCCUUUGCUUGACUGUACCAACUGUCUGGCCCAGACUCACCUCUCAACCUCUCUGAAUUGGAAGAAGUGACACAAACUGAGAGUGUUCAUCACUUUAAUUAUUGCCAGGCAAGGACAUGAGUCUCCAGUAACUGUCUGUUUCUUUUAGUAGCUCUAUCAGUAUCAUCUCAUCAGCUUGACCUGGCACAACAAUUGCAGGAAUGAGACGUCAAGGUCAUACAUUGCUUUAGGGGUGACCUGAUGGCCACCACAGCCAUCAAUGCCAGCAUCAUCAGCCGAAUAUCUUUUCAUGGCAGGACUGGAUUGUAACGGGCUUGCUUCGGUUGCCUCACUCAGAGUGCAUGCUAUUGAUCCACUUUAGCGUAGGGCCAUUUUCGACAGAGACGGGUGUGUAGAAUGAACUGUCAGUCCUCGGAAUUCUCUGUGCACCUUGAAAAAUGACAGUUUUGUGGUCUGGGAGACUGUUGCUGUAAAGCCGGUAUAGUGACUCACGAUCUUCCAUAUCAUCAAUGGUUUCAGGAAAUGCGUUUUUAAAUCUGCAAUAAUUUACUUUGCACCCCAUGACAAAAUGUGUAGAAUUGCAGGAAAUAAGCUUUAAACCUGCAAAAUGUUCUCUGCGCCAAUAAGAAGGGUCUGAACAGUUUGUGUCAUGAACAGUGCUAGAUGUGGCGUGCGCGCGCACAGAAUGUUCCCCAAUACUGGAAGGGGGCCUGAGUGAAAACGUUUGGGAAACCCUGCUCUAGAACAGACUGAUCUGAGCUCUUAGGUUGUUGUAGCUGUGGCUCCUGUUUAUCUGGGACUGAAGUAAAACUAACCUCAAUUCUGUUCACUGAGAUUCUCUCACUCGUUUCUCUGUGCACUUUUGCAUUGGCUUUGAAGCUCAUCUCAGCGCGGUAGUCGUUUAGCACAUCUUGUACUUCAUGUGCAGACCACUUGUCAAUAGCCCUGGCUCUGAAUGUUCUUUGCUUGGGCAGUUCCUGAUGAACAUGUGUGUAAUGUCCUGUGUUGAGAUCAUCCUUUGCAUUACCCUGUUCCUUCAGGCCUUCUGUAGCAGUGUGUGCUGCUCGGUUCAGUCUCAGCCAGUAUUCAAAUGGGUGCUCCUGUUCUUUGGGUAGAAUCAUGUAGAAAUCUUCGAGUGGGAUAUGAGUAUUGACUGCAGCUGAAAUGCUUCCUGAGGAGACCAUAAAUGGCAUCUGGGUUAGUAUGAAUGUCACUGUUUCUGAUUCCGAUUUAGACUUCAUAUUUUGUUCUGCACCCGAGAUGGAUGAGUAUCUUUUCGGCCUGUUCCUCUGUUUUCAUAAUUUGGCCAAAAAAUGUAACCGAUUUUUAUAGGGUCCUAGAGUUCCCACUUCUUCAGGUGGUGAAUUGGCACCAAUUGAAUUAGGCCUAUAUGUCAUAUUAGUGCACAUCUAUUGAACCAAAAACAAAGGACAAUUCUGGAGCCCUAUUUUGAUGGUAUAAUAUAACAAUAAUAGCCUAAUUGUCAAUCCAAAAUUCAUGACAAUCACUGGAUUAGGUUGCAUAUCAAAAUAUAUUGAAUCAUAUGCAAUCCUGCUUGGAUAUGUUAGAUGUAACAACUUAUUUAUUGAAUACCAUCUCAGUAGUCUAUUACACUUCUUAUAAAGCAUUGUGAAUGACUUUAUAAGAUGAUUACACAUUUUUCUAUUGCGUGAUGCCACAAUUAUAUUUUUUGGGGGGGUUCGACCAAAUCAUGGGCUGGUGCCACCAACUGAGGUACAAGUUUGUGGCACGAGUGCCACCAGGGGAAAACUUUAGUCUGGAGCCCUGUAGAGUGUCUUAUUUGACGCCAAAUCAACAGUUGUUAAUGAAAACAUAAAUCGCAAAUGUAUGAUACAGGUGGACCAUCAUUGUCCAUAAAAUAAAGUUUUUGUAUUAUAAAUGUCAGCUGGUAUAUACCCAACUUGAUACAUUUCUGAGUGUAAAGGUGUAAAUAAAUUGUUAAAUUCCAGCAUAAAAUGGGGAAUACGUCAUCUGGCACAUUAGUGUGUUUACAUUGUCUAAUGCACUCAGUUGUAAGGGUAUGGAAUUCUGGGUAAUCCACAGCAGAUCUAUGGAGAAUUGUUGUGGGCGAUUUGAGAGUUGAAUGGCCUGGGAUAAAAACUGUCAUUAAGCUGUCAUAAAAUACACGUUUUGUAAUUUUACUGUCACAACAACCUGUCAUCUCUCCAGGUGUUUCAAGGUCUUCAAAGUCAUCCAUCAAUUAGUAGAUACAGAGGAGGACAUUCUUAUGGUAAAUUACACAUUUGUCUAUGGUCACUUGUAUGCAGUUUCACUCAUUUAAACCUAACAGUAUUGACUCGAUGGAGCCUGGAGCAACCCUACCAUUGAACACGUUUGAGAAAAUUGAUUAAAUCCGUCAUUGUUUCUAGGUUACCAAAGAUGUCAUCAGGGAGUUUGCAGCAGAUGGAGUAAAAUAUUUAGAACUGAGAAGUACCCCACGAAAGGAGACGACCACAGGCAAGACCACAAGCUAGACACACUGGAUUGGAUCGAUCGCUUAUAUGCAGGGUUUCGCUUACAUUUGCUUUGUAUAAUUUAGGAAUGACAAAGAGAACGUAUGUGGAAACGGUCAUCCAGGCCAUCCGUCAAUGUAAAAAUGAGGGAGUGGACAUUGAAGUCAGGUAUGUUUUCAAUGCAUUUGUAAUGCGUGCUUUACUUAUGAAUGCUGAAGUGCUGUUUCAAAACAAUCAAGGAUGGAGCCUCAUGUGGCUCAGUUGUUAGAGCAUGGCGCUUGCAACGCUAGGGUUGUGGGUUCGAUUCCCACAGGGGACGAGUACAAAAAAGUAUUAAAAUGUAUGCAUUAUCUGGAUAAGAGUGUCCGCUAAAUGACUCAAAUGUAAGGAAAUAAAUACUCGAAAAAUGUUUAUUGAUAGAAAUUGGUAUGGUAAUAGUUAUAAAAAUGUAUAGUAACUUACAAUGAAAACAUUGAUACCUCAAGUAACAUAAAAACAUAUUUUCCCCCAUUUAGGUUCCUGGUAGCUGUUGACCGUAGGAAUGGGACAGAGGUUGCUAUGGAGACCGUUAAACUGGCGGAGGACUUCAUGCUGUCUACUGGUGGUCUGGUGGUUGGGCUGGACCUCAGUGGAGAUCCUACGGUCAGUAGUGGAUCAGUGCCUUGCUUAUGGUUGACACGUUUCUCAAGAUGUCAUAAAUGCACUGAUUCUAAGUCACUCUGGAUAGGAGCUUCUGCGAAAUGACUGUAAUGUAAAAUGUUUAAUUUAUUUCCAAGGUGGGCCAUGGCAGAGAUCUCCUUCCCGCCUUGCAAAAAGCCAAGAACUGUGGACUAAAACUAUCUCUACACCUGUCAGAGGUAGGUACCAUCAAAACUUAACUGAUUCAAGCAAUGCCAAUUGAUAUAAUGUUUUUUUGAUAAUAGUUUUGUGAGUUUAUUUCAUUCGUUUUGACUAAAAUGCAAUGUUCCAGGUGCCAUCUCAGGCGGACGAAUCAGAGCUGCUGCUAAACAUUCCACCUGACAGGAUUGGUCAUGGGACGUUCUUACACCCUGAAGUGGGCGGGUCACAAAGCCUGGUUGAUAAAGUGCGGAAGCAUAACACACCUCUGGGUAAGAAUGGUAUGGUCAGGGCAGGAAUGAGUCUAGUGAUUGCUCUAAAAUGAUUAUUUAUUGACCAUAUCGGUCUUCUGUAAGGCUAGAUUUUUUUCUUUAGAUCUAAAUUAUCUAGAAAACAUGAACAGGGCUAAGGGUUAUAGAAACUGUUUGUUGAUCUUAUGGUAGCACAUGUUGCCUCUAUCCAAGCUGUUUCAUAUACUGUAUCUUUCUGAUACCUUAAACCUUUCCUCGCAGAACUAUGCCUGACCUCUAAUGUCAAGGGUCAGACAGUGUCAUCCUAUUCUCAACAUCACUUCCUGUACUGGUACCAAAUGGGACACCCCAGUGUGAUCUGUGUAAGUGUUUGCCCAAAAUGUGUUCGAUGCAUAAACGUUUAAAACUGAGAAGUGUUGAAUUAAGAGUAAAUUGAUUUCCCAUUCAAUGAAACAUUUGAGACAUUCCGCUCAAGUCUCUCAUUGGUAUCAAUGAAUGAUUUACGUGCAAGUCAGAGUUGCACACUUAUCUUGUGGGAGCUUGACAGUACUCUUGUUGUUUUCAGACAGACGACAAGGGGGUGUUUUGCACGGACCUGUCUCAGGAGUACCAGUUGGCAGCCUCUACCUUCAACCUCAGUCAGGAGGACAUGUGGACUCUGUCCCAGAAGGCUAUAGACUGCACCUUCUCCCCUGACCUAAAUCAGCAGCUACACCAGAGGUGGCUGGAGCUACGGCCAACGCUGUUCCAGUUAUGACAUGUCAAGCAGCGCAUUCUAGGUGAUCAGCCUGAGCAGAAUCGCCAGUCUUGACCAUUUGAGUAGUUAUUUGAGAUGCAAGAUUUGUAGAUCAGUGAUUCCGGCAGAGCCUUGAUCAGGCAGAUCCACACCUCAGGUUUUUUUCCAAGUGUUUUCCUUAUAGCUGAAGCAUGCAAAUCAUCCAGGUCCAUAAGCCAUUUACAAAAGGGAGCUGUUUUGUAUUUUUUUUGGUACUUGAUAUUUAAAA